UACUAUCCCCUGUGUGUUUUCUCCUUGUCCCACAGCAGCGUGGUGUUGUCAGUGUGCUUACAUCGCCAAACCUCAAAGAGACAUGGCAGAAAAAGGAAAGGGCAGGGUGCCGCAGCAGAACAAGACAGGGAACAAAGACCGCUGUGUGACAUGUCAGCACCACGCAGCAUCCAAGGGACACGACACAAUGGCCGUCCCUCCUGCCUACUCAGACUUGGGGAAAUCUGCCAAAGACAUCUUCAGCAAGGGCUUUGGUUAUGGAAUUCUGAAGCUCGAUGUGAAGACCAAGUCCCAGAGUGGCGUUGAGUUUGCCACCUCAGGCUCGAACAACACAGACACUGGCAAGUCAGGCGGCCACCUGGAGACCAAGUACAAACUCAGCGAGCUGGGCCUCAGCUUCAGCCAGAAAUGGAACACGGACAACACUCUGACCACAGAAAUCACCAUGGAGGACCAGCUGGCAAAGGGCUUGAAGCUGGGUCUGGACACCUCAUUUGUACCAAACACUGGCAAAAAGAGUGCCAAAGUGAAGACGGCGUACAAGCGUGACUUUGUCAAUGUGGGCUGUGAUCUGGACUUUGACAUGGCCGGCCCCACUGUCCACGGCGCCGCCGUACUGGGCUACGAGGGUUGGCUGGUGGGCUACCAGGUGGCGUUUGACACGGCCAAAUCCAUGAUAACCAAGAACAACUGUGCUCUGGGAUACAAGGCUCCCGACUUCCAGCUUCAUACCAGCGUCAAUGAUGGCACAGAGUUUUACGGCUCCAUUUACCAAAAGGUGAAAAGCAACAUGGAAACAGCGGUCCACCUGGCGUGGACGGCCGGAAGCAACAACACGCUGUUUGGUGUGGGAGUCAAAUACCAGCUGGAUAAGGACACCUCUCUUUCUACCAAAGUCAACAACGCAUGCCUUGUCGGCGUUGGAUACACACAAACCCUCAGGCCAGGAGUCAAGCUGACGCUCUCUGCGCUUGUAGAUGGGAAGAACAUCAACGGUGGUGGACAUAAGAUGGGCAUGGGCUUUGAGCUAGAGGCAUGAAGAUGACAAGAGAAGAAAAAAAGACACGAGAGACAAAAAGCAGAGGAAAGAUCCAACCAGCAACAUUGAAACACAUUCUAAGGGCUUAUUUAACCUUGCAGGACUGUUUGUUUCACUGUCUGUUUCAAUGCAAUAUCCAUUCAGUACAGAGACUUAGUGGUCACUACAUACACAGUCACAUCUAUAGUAGAUAGAUCUAUAGUAGUAAUUGAACAUUUUUGUCAGGCAGUUCAGCCAAGUAUUAGUCAUACACUGGCCAAGUGAUUUUUUUGUAUUUGUUGAAUUAGUUACGAAGUGGUGCAAAACUGCAAGAAGUUGCUCAGAGCCAUUCUCAAUACAAGCAGAUACUGUACAUUUUCCAACUACAAUUACCAUGUUCUCAAUCAAUGGUGAUCAAGUACCACUGCAAAAAUGUGGCUUUGCAAGUACAGUAAAGUACAGUUUUUGUACUUGUGAGUCACUGACUUGUAGCAUAUCCGGAACGUUAAGCAUGAAAUCUUUGUAGAAGUCUUGACUGUUUGAAAUUCAUUUUUAAAUGGUAGUUCCUGGGUACCACCAGUGAUAUUCCUACCACAGUUUGAGACUUUUCAAGUCACAGAAGCUACAUUAGAAAAGUCUUGCUGCACAAUCACCAAACAAAAAUGUCACAAAAAGUACAUGUAUUAAAAUAAUGAGUUGGUUAAAUAUGUGCCUUCUGCUAUUACUUUGUUUUGCCUGUCAUAUACAUCUCUGCCACAGAUAAACACAGAUACAUAUUUUGUAGUAGGGGUGCAUGAUAAUUAUCGGACCGACUUUAUUAAUUAUGACAUUAAAAAAUAGCUCAGAUAAAGAAUAAAUAAAAUAAUACAAUAAUUUAAAAAAAAAAAUUCUCCAAUGAGGUAAGAUUACGUGUACAGUGCUGGUGAGCAAAUCAAAUGCUUUUUUUCACCUGCAUGUGAUAACGACCUAUAACUUCCCCUGUGCUCACUUGUAUAAAGCAACAUUCAUUGUUCCAGAGGAAGACAUUUCCCAUGCUAGUUGCAUCAAAUGCUCUGUGAUGAGGGGGAAAAAAAACAUUGAGCUUCAACACAUCAAACCUGCUCAGCCACCUGAAACACCAGCAUCGCUACGACGCCCGGGGCUUGGUCCUAUCGCCGCAGUGUUUGAAAAGUGCAAAAAGUUUCCCAGAGAUGACUCAAAGGUUCAUCACAAAAAAAUAUAGUGCAUCCCUAAUUUCUAGUAAAUAAUAAUUUUCAGACCAUUUAUGUUCAAUUGGAUAAUUUCCCACGGCACAGGUGGUUGGGAAUCAUAGUACUAGAUUAGAAUUGAAAGUACCUGGAUCCAUUAAAACUGUGGAAAAGACUGCAUUUCCUCUAAAUUAUCCAAUAAGAUCAGGAAUCUAAACUUCUCAAAUGUAAAAAAACAACUAAAAGGGCAUCUUUUAUUUUAUAUCUUUUCGCACUUCUUACAGUAUUGUAUGACUUUGUCAUGUUUGACCAGGGUAUGAAUAAUUUUGGGCUUGUUCAUAUUGAAUAGUCCUUAUUUCAACUUUAUUAUCAAAUUGUUUGGCUCUCAUAUUUAUAAUUUACUAUUAGAAUGUGCAUGCUUGGGUGUUUCAUUGUUGCAUGCAAGCAAACUUCCCUCACCAUUUUUGCCUUGUUGCCAAAUACAGUGACUCUAAUGAACAGUGCAAUAAAAGGUGAAGUCACCUAUAAUUCCACCACUUCACCUCAGCGCCUUCAGUUGCCCUAAAGGUCUAUUUUUUUAGGCUCUUGUCCCGUUGUGUUCAGCAACAUUUCCCUUGUUAUGCUUGUAUAAGAAUGUUAGUUCUCUUAACUGAUUUUAUUGAAUCAGUGGAAUAAAAAAAUGAACAAUG